AGAUAUUGCAAUAACGCCUUGUGCGAACCACGAACGUGCCGUUUCAUCAUUGCACGGCAGUACUUGUAUACAAUAGUGACUUUUGGAGCAGCUCUGAUAAUCUGCUGUUUUCUGGUCCUUAUCAAGCGCACAUUCUUACGAGCAUCGGACUCCAAAAUUGGACUUGCAAACAAGACUCCUUUUCCAUCGCCGCACAAGCCGAUGUUGUACUGUACUGACUCGCCACCAACUGAAAUGGCCCCUCCAUACCUACGACCUGUCAAUAUGAGCAGUGGGCUUGUGUCGUCGCCAACUCCAAACAUUCAACUACCGGCCAUUCCUUGCACACCUGUUCGGCCUGCUCCAAAGCGUCCAGUACACUUGACAUUGGACUCGCCGAUUCCGGUACCACAGGACGCAAUCGCUACCUCCGACUAUGUGCCUAUGAAUCCUCCAAAAGCGACUAGAAUCGCACAGAAAAGUGGUGAGGCUUUUCGCUUGCCAUCGAUUUCACCAAAUCGUCCGAAGAUCAGUGAUCCGAUACCGCUGAUAGUUGCAGGCAAAGCAGUUAAUAUCCGUGCUGAAAGUCCUACCACUACUGCUCAAGCGAAACCUUCCCAGAAUUUCAUUGCCACUCUAGAAGACACACUGAAAGCGCAAGCACAGGAACGCAAAGCCAGAUUUUCGCCUGAUACAAAAAUUUCAACCUUGCCAAAACCUCCGGUACCUAGUAGGUCGGAGAAACCUGUGUUACGGAUCUUCAACGACUCUCCAAAGGAACAAAUUUACGACUUGCCAGCUGUUGACUCAUAA